UAACAAGGCAGUUAAAGGAGUAACAGGAUGGGUAUCGGGGGCAAGUGAUGGAGCGGGUGACGGGACGGGUAACGGGUGUGGUUAACGAGGCAGGCUGAUAACCAUUAACCCGGGCCCUUCCUGCCCUACGGCUCCACUCCCCAUGGCGGACAUCGGGGUCCCCCCGACCCCACUGCAGAGCCUGCUGGAGCGGGCUAGUGCCAUCGAGGGGCAGCUGGCCCAGGGUGAGGACAAGCCCUUCACGGAGGUCACCCACUGCCAUACGGGGGACGCCGUUGCCGCCGGCCACCAGCCCCUCACUUUCCUCCGCCAGGUGGGAGCCAUGUGUGCGUACCCGGAGCUGCUGGAUGCUGAGCACAUGCCAGCGGACGCCAAAGAGCGCGUGGGCCGCAUCCUGCAACGCCUGCAGGGUGGCAGUGUAGGGGCGUACAACCUGGAGUACGUCACUGGCACCGUGGCCAAGAAGGUGGCCCAGUACCUGGAGCGAAGGGACGGUGGCAUCGCCAGCGACGCCCGCUGCGUCGUCCCCUCCAGUGGCACAGCGGCAGCUGUGGUGGAUGUGAUUUCCCUGGUGGUGGAUGAGACGGCGGCGCUGCCGACGGCCGUGCUGGUGCCGGUGCCGGGUCCCCGUCUCCACGGGGCAGCAGCGGGGCUGGCGGGAGCCGUGGCUGUGCCGUACUCGCUGGCCGAGGAGCGCGGAUGGGACGUAGACGGUGACGCGGUGCGGCAAGCGCUGCAGCAGGCGCGGGCGAGAUGCCACCCUAAGGUCCUCUGUGUCGUCAACCCUGGGGACCCCACGGGGCAUGUGCUGAGCCGGCAGAGCAUGGAGGCCAUCAUCCGGCUGGUGGCCGAGGAGAACCUCCUGCUGCUGGCGGACGAGGUGCAGCAGGAACGAGCCUUCCUCCCCGAUCGCCCCUUCCUGUCCUUCAAGCGGGUGCUGUGGGAGAUGGGCGCUCCGUUGGCAUCCACCGUCCAGCUCGUGUCCUUCUACUCCCUCUCCAACGGUGUUGGGGGGGGUGGAUUCCGAGCAGGAUUCUUCGAGCUGGUGAACAUCGACCCGAGUAUCCUCAAGUGCUUCUACACGUGGGGGAUGUCCGUGUACCCCUCCAUCCUGGGGCAGGCGAUGCUGGAUGCGGCCAUGGAGCUCCCAUUGCCCCACGAACCUUCCUACCAGAGCGUUGAGGAGCACCGCGGGGCUCUGCUCCACAGCCUGGCCCACAACGCCCGGCUGGUGCAGGAGGUCCUGGCCCGGGCGCCCGGCAUCUGCUGCCACCCCCUGCAGGGCGGCGCCCGCGCCUUCCCCCGCAUCCAGCUCCCGCCCCGCGCCCUGCGCCACGCUCAGGAGCUGGGCCUGGAGCCCGAUGUCUUCUUCUGCCGGGAGCUGCUGGAGGCGACGGGGAUCGUGGUGGCCCCAGGGAGCGAGUUUGGGCAGCCGGAGGGCACCCACCACGUGGGGUUGUCCCUGCUGCUGCCGGCCGCGACGCUGGAGCGAGUGCUCCUCACCUUCACCCGCUUCUACGCCUCCUUCCUGCGUGACUUCUCCUGAAGUGGGGGUCACCCUGGUCUCCUGCCCCCCUUCCAACCUCAUUAAAGCCCCCCUAGAUCCCACCACGCCUC